UCAGAAAGCAGACGACACUUUUCCUCUGCCAAUGAUUGAUUCCCGCCAUUUUUCAUGACCAAAGUAGGUCGGUCGGCAAGUACUUAAGUAACAGAACGACAUCUCUAAGUGAUUUGCUCACUGGAACCAACUGUUUACUGAUAGUCAGGGUUGGAUCGGAGGGGUGUGGAAAGUGGUUCGUCCUGGUGGUGCCCAUAGGAACGUUUAUCCGUGGCUGACGUCACGUUGAUGCCACACUUUGUCAUCAGGUGUUCCCGGCCGAGUCGGGAGUCCCUCUCGGUGUCAGCAGUGCGAGCGGCUCCGGGGUGCACACUUCAGUCCCUGCGGGUGGAUAGACGCGUUUCUACGGGCCCGAUAUGUAAACGACUCAAGGUCGCCUGUGGGAGAGAGGUGUUGGUUUAUCUUUAAACAUCUGCUGUGGCUGUGCCCGGGGCAGUGCUGGGCGUGCUUGUAGCCUGUACGGGAGACAGUGAGGGCGUCCGGUUGGACUGGAGCAGGCAAACCCUCCCCUGUGGCACCUCAGCUAUUGAGAGAGAUUAAUCUGAAGUCGUCCGUUUGAUUUUCAGGAGGCGCUGAAGGAUUAACGUCCCGGCGACGACGACUGCUGUAUUAAGAACCAAACGUGGGAAUACGGGAGGAGUUUUUCCCGAGGAAUGCGUGAGGAGUGCCGCGCGUUGCGGACGGUGUUCAGGGCGGAUGGUAUCGUGCCGUGUGCGAGCCGGGGAUGUUACUACCAUACCAGAUAGCGACGUGACCCGAGACCGCUCGGAACUUUAAUCCCGACCGCAAACCUCCAUCACCUUUCAGUCCUCAGGAUAUCUACAGCGAAGACUCUACCGGAACAGCAAGAAUGAGAUUCCAGCUGCUGAAUGCGGUGCUCCUGUGCUGGGUGGGGGUACUGACAACGGGACAGGACUACAACCAGAACAGGUUCUACCGACCACGUGCUGAGUACGGCGGAGCGCAUGCGCAGUCGUCCCGUACGCAGGGGGAGGGGCGCAGGCGCAGUGUGUGGACACAGUGGACGGGCUGGUCACAAUGUUCGCGCACGUGCGGGGGAGGCGCCUCUGUGCGCACGCGCAAAUGUGUCAGCAGGCCUGGAUCUGAAGGGUCUUCAUGUGAAGGAGAGAGCAGAGAAUACCGAGUCUGCAACAGUAGGGAGUGUGGACCUGGUGCCGUUGACUACCGUGCCAUGCAGUGUUCCCUCCACAACAACCGGCGCUUCCUGGGGAGGCUCAUCUACAGAUGGGAGCCGCAUUACGUUUCAGGUGGAAACCCAUGCGAGCUGAACUGCAUGGCGACCAGGUACAACUUCUACUUCGGCUUCGGCAAGGUGCUGGACGGGACGAGGUGCUACGCCGACCCGCAGAAGAAGAACAUGUGCAUCGCCGGGAAAUGUCUGAAAGUGGGUUGUGACGGGAUCCUGGGCUCGGACCGGGAGGAGGACGCGUGCCGCGUGUGCGGCGGGAACAACGCCACCUGCGUCAACGUCAGGAAGGCCUACAUGACGUCAUUCCCGUCCAGUGGAAGUUUCGGCUAUAACGAGGUCGCCAUGAUCCCAGCCGGAGCCAUGCACCUGAAGGUGCAGGACACGAGCAGGAACUAUCUCGCUCUGAUGCGUCAGGACGAAACGUCUUACGUCAUCAACGGCAACUGGAUCAUUGAUUGGCCAGGAGUCUAUGACGUCAGGGGCAUGCCCAUAAGAUACGAGAGAGAAGCCGAAAACGAGGCUAUUAACUCGGUUGGUCCAAUCCCGGAGGACCUGCAUCUCAUGGUUUUAUUCCGUGAGACGAACCCAGGGAUCCACUACGAGUUCUGGCUUCCCCUGGACAGGUACAAUACCAUGGUCCGUCAGCAGGGGAAGACGUACAUCGGAGGGGGCGGGCAUGUGGAGGUGGCGUACCCCCGUCCGCAGGUCCAACCCCUUCUCCCCACCACCACUACCCCUGCUCCUACAACCACCACAACAACAACCACUGCGGCGCCCAGGCGGACGGCUAGACCGUUCAGGCCCGGAAGAGGGAACACUGGAUACUGGGUGUGGGUGCCUGCCCCGAACACCGGCGGUUCCAACCGCAACAGAGACGGUUACUGGGUGCGGAGGACCCCGGGAAGCCCCGUGUCUAACUCCAAUGGAAACAGGUUCGGAUUUGGUAAUAGAGGAAAUCGGCACAAUUCAGGAGGAGGAACGAACAGCUUUCAAAUUCCCGGGAGAGGAGUUCACACGGGGAUAGUUUCUGGAGGAUCGCGUGGUUCUGCUGGAGGAAACCGAUUCAACGCAGGGCAACCCUUUUAUCCGAGGACCCCCACUCAAACGAGAGUAGACAGCGGCUCACAAAGUAGUUCUCAAACUUCUUCCAGAAGUACAGGGAACAGACGUCACCACGAAAGAGUGAAUGUGACUCCCUCGAGAGAAAUCUAUAGAGAGCGCCCUUCACAGAGUGGAAAUAGCAACGUGUAUAGACCACCAACGUCUUCACAUGGUGGCUCGACCAAUGAAAACGCUAGGAACCCAAGCGUUCCUGAUAGGUCGCCCUCUCAGGGUGCCUCGACCAAUGAAAACGCCAGGUACCCAAGCGUUCCUGGUAGGUCGCCCUCUCAGGGCGGCUCGACCAAUGAGAACGCCGGGAACCGAAACGUGCCGGCUCCUGAUAGGUCGGCCGUCGUCGGCUCCACGAAGGCACGAACGAUUCCGAACAACAACCGACAGUCCUCUCGGGAAGAUUCGGAUGACAGACAGCCCUUGUCCGGUGGCAACGUUCCCGACAGACGACCCUCUUCGGCUGAAACCGUGUACGACAGAAGAUACCCACCGAGAGAGGAGGACUCGAGUAACGAGCUUAGUCCCGGUAGGACUGCCAGCGAGGAGACGAGGACGACUGGGCGGACAGAGAACGUCAUUCCCCCGGCUCCUGACCCGGUGCCCCCGCCGCCGGUGUACGGUCCCGCUGCAGGUACCGUCGGGGCCAGACCUACACCAAAGCCAACUAAAUAUGUUCUUCUGCCUACCCCCCUCAAAGACAGUGUAGGCUGUCUGGCGUGCAGGAAAGUGAAAGGACGGUUCAAGAACUUCUGCAGAAGUGACUUUGUCGUCCGUGUGUUGGUGAUGUCAUCUAGAGUGUACGCCGACUCGAUCCGUUAUGACGUCAAGAUCCUCUACUCUUUCAAAAACACGUUCCCGUUGAUCUCGCGAGAGUUCAUUUGGGUGGACGGCGUGUGCCCGUGUCCCAAGCUGGUGGCCAGGCGGGAGUAUGUCGUCAUGGGUUCCCGCAGCGUCUCCCAGCAACGCGGCGAGGCCAGGCUCGUGAUUGGUCCGAAAAGUUGGGUGAGGCCUUGGCGGGAAUCGCUGUUCAGCAUCAUGGAACAGUUCAGAAGGAAACCUUGCCAAGGACGGACUUGAAAAGAGAGAGAAAAAAAAUUGCGAUUAUGGUGUCGAGUCCUGAAAUCUCUGUUGUAAAUAUCACUUGUUGGAGACUCCGACCUUACAUACGUAAUGUGUAUUGUAGCGACAUAACUUGAAUCCUUUCAAUCUUGAUAAAAUGUAUAGAACAUAGCCGAACACUUAGAGUCGACUUAAAGUUUUGAUCAAAUAUUUUAUAAGUCACAAGAAUUCGAAUCUCAUAGAUCUAACACUAAUGGUGUAUAAAAUCAAGGCAACAUUUUGUCUACACUUCACUUUUAUAUACUUAAAACCACCAUCUUCUACUUCAAACCAAGGCAGCUUCAAACGGCUAAUACCAUUGCCAUUGUGUACAGCUGUACAGUCAACAAACUUUUAACAACGGGUAUGUUACAGGUGUGCAUGUGUUAUAUGUAGUAUUGUUUACUCCUAGACGUCAACUGCAAAUGUUGUAAUGAUAGGUAAGAAAGGUACGUACUGCCACAACCUUGCCACAUGAUACUAACAUUCGAGUCAACUGAUACAGUGUUCCGUACCUUUUCAUAAGAAUGAUAGUAUUACACGAUCUAAAUCACCUUCCUAUGGGUGUACGUGUAGUAGAGCGAUAAUGUUGUUCCUCUCUUUUGAUGGUUCCUUUGGAUGAAGCAGACAGGUGCUAAUCUCCAUGUUGGUGUCCGUUAUUCUCAUUUUAAUGGCCGCAGCUCAGGCAUGUAUAUAUAGCGUCUGUGUAUCUUAAGUUAAACUAAUCUCCAAGCAGAUCCUAUGGUAGCAUAAGAUAGUAUCAAAUGCUACAAGAUGAGUGAAGCCGGCCUAGGAGUGUGUUUGGCUACCGGACUGAUGACUCCCUUUGGCCAGCUGUACUCCUAAGCCAGCUUUGAUACUAUCUUAUGCCACUGAUACAUCAGUCUCGCUCUUUGUUGUGCUAUACGCAUUUAUACGGGGUCAUUGGAAAGGGUCAGACGAUUUCUAUAUGAUUGUUCGAGCUUUACAAUAUGCUAAAAUGUAAAUAGAUACAUUUACAGAAUUGUUACUAUUUUGACUACCAUCUUAAUUCUUGAUCCGUAUCAGACCGUUUCGCUGCAUUUUGUUCACUUAUGUAACAUUAUGAAUAAGUGUAACAAAUAUUUUCUUCAAGUAUAUGUAUAAUACCAGAUAUGUAUACAUGACUUGGUCUGCGCGGACCUAUGAAAGAACAUGCUUUCACAAAUACUGUAAAUGCAAGUUCGCGGGGAUUUAAUUUCGCGGUAGCGGCAGAAAGGACUUUUUGCGGUGUUUUUUUUUUUAAAGUUCGCGGUAACACCAUAAAUUGCAGUCUAAUACUAUAGUACAAAAAUGUUCGCGGUGGUUUUAAGUUCGCGGUGAAGUGGUUUCAGCGAAAACCACGAACAUUAAUCCACCGCGAACAUUUCUGCAUUUACAGUAUGCUGUUGGUGAAUGAUUUAUGAUCAACGUUUUACUUUAAUUUGAUUAAGCAAUUAAAACUGGAUGAGAAAAUGUAACGUCUCCACAAACAUACCUCUCUCUUUUUGAAAUGUGAUACCUCAUUGUGUAAUUUAAUCCUCCACAGUUCGCAAAGCUACACGAUAGCAAAAAUAUCGUCACCUUUCAGUACAGUAUAUAAAGAUGUACGUAUUUCUUGUACUGCGUGUAUAGCAAUAAAAGAAGGAUACAUUC